AUGUCGCUUCGCCAACGUGCAAGUAUAGCGAAUUCUGAUCGGACGACAGCCGACACGACGACAUCCACCUCAUCGGACCAGCCGAGUGCAGCCGUUCACGAUGGAGUCUCUUCGAAUAGAGCGCCACAGAAGCGCAUCCGACUGAACCGUGUUCUGGGGCGCAUCGUGCCCAUCAUUCUGCUCGUCUACAUUUGCUACGCCUACGACCUUGUGGUGCAUCGGUAUGCAAUCCGAUAUCUUUACGUUCAGCAGAAAUGCACUUUGCUGCCGUUGCUAUGGCUGUUUCCCACGCACGCGCUGUUUCUAUGGUCACUACGUUGUUACCUCUGCGUGUUCUUUGCCCACAGCAAAACUCAGACUUGUGGUGGUCUGACGUGGCUGCACAACAGAUUGGGCACCUGCUUUCCUUCGCCCGACGAAUCACAAAGGCUGGAGGAGAAGCAUCUCGCACAAGCCAUCUCCGCUUUGCUACCAUCCGAACGCUCGGAUGUGAGAGUGUCGCUCUGCCAGUCGGACGGCCAACCCAUCCGUUGCAAUCGGGACAACUGUCGUGGCCGAAUCAAGUGCUUCCGAACACGACACUGUGGAGAUUGUGGCACUUGUCGUGUCGGCUUCGACCAUCACUGCGCCUGGUUCGAUAACGACAUCACUGCCCCUUCGACCCUGAAACACUUUAUCGGAUUUCUGCUUUCUAUACCCCCACUAUACCUUGUUGCUUUCGGACCUAUCUUUCCAACCGCUUGGAGAGUGGUCAGGCAGAUUCACGUUUUUGCGUUCAGUGAUACUCAUCUCCGAGAGACGUGGUGGCAAAGGUGGUACAGCUGGAUCGGCGGACCUGCAUUCCGCUGGAUAUUCGGGUUCGGCAUGGCUGCCACCAAGUGGAGUAGCAUGGCAGAGGAGAGGCUACCGCACGAAACACCAAGAGCUCCUGUGUUGGUCGCGUUGGGUUGGGUAUUUGCUUUCGUCGCAAGUUCUCUGGCCACUUCCUCACUUAUGCAUCUGAGGCAUGGAAGAUUGACGGUCGAUGUGGAGAGGGAAAGGGCGUUUCAGAGGCUUCAACAGCGGCUGGCGAAGCUGCGCAAGGAGGAACAACAGACAAACCAGACAAAGACCGCUGCUCUUCGGCAGAAGAUCGACUCGUUGGCGCCUGUGCUGUAUAUCAAAUUGUCCUGGAUCGAGCCCGAGGCGACAGAGAGACACGAGAGGAUCGUAACAGUCUCUACAGACGAAGGUCUGUUGUCUCAAGGUUCUCCCUGGUCCAACCUGCGGCGCUUCUUGGGGAGGACUACUGAUACAAAGCCAGCUUGGUCGUUACCGGACAAUGCGCUACAAAUUGCCCUUCAGAAAUCUUCCUUGCUUUCGGCCGCUCACUAA